AUGAAUGAAAGAACCUUGAAGCGUAGACUCAAGGAUUAUGGUUGCUCAAGACGUCAUGAAGUGGACGACCAACUGAGAAGACUGGUUAGAGAUAUAAUUUUGCUCGAAAUCAGAAAUGGUCCUGAUAGUUUAAACAGCUACAGGACAAUGUGGCACAUUCUAAGAAUUAGGCACCAUAUUAAUGUUCCAAGACAUGUAGUGCAGACAAUUUUAAAGGAAGUUGAUCCCCAAGGGACAGAGAAUAGAAAGCGAAGAUGUCUCAAGCGUAGAACAUAUGUUUUGCCAGGGCCCAACUUCUGCUGGCACAUAGAUGGCUAUGACAAACUGAAGCCAUUUGGUUUUUCAAUACAUGGAUGUGUUGAUGGAUUCAGCAGAAGGAUUAUCUGGUUGGAACUUAUGAGAUCCAAUAAAAAUUCACGUUUCAUUGCAAAGCAUUUUUUAAAGCAUGUGAAAGCUGCACGGGGUUGCCCAACACGUGUGUACACUGAUCCUGGGACUGAAAAUGGGAUAAUUGCAGGAAUGCAAUCCUAUUUUCGUGCUGAAGGAUCAGAUGAAUAUGCAGGGUCAAAUGCCCAUAAGUAUGUAACGAGCACACGUAAUCAAAGAAUUGAAUGUCAGUGGUCACACUUCAGGAAACAGCGUUCAAGUUGGUGGAUUGAUUUCUUUCAUGAUCUCAACGAGUCUGACCUUCUUGAUCUCACAAACGAAAUACAUAGAGAAGCAUUGUUGGUUUUGUUUUGCAGAUUUAUUACAAGCUGA